AUGGCAUCAGCUACAACGGCUCUUCCGAGCUCAUCGAAACCUCAUCCACCUAUCACGAUCCUCAAAAGGGCUCGAGCAGAUGUCCCCUUAGCUCAGAAUAAGUUUCUGAAGAAGACUGCUAGAGGAAAGGUUCUGAACAUCUUAAGAGAAAGAUAUCUACGAGAUGAUAUACCAUGUGGAUUCGAGGGAUGUAAAUUAUGUGUAGACUUCCCAGGAUAUCGACCUGUCUUACCAACCAAAGGUUAUACCCAGCAUACCAAAUAUGGUGAUGGACAAUGGUUAGUAAUAGAUACGAAUAUAGUAUUACAUCAGAUCGAUCUUCUCACUGCUUUACCACCUUCUCUACCACUCAUCAUACCUUCGACUACAAUGAGGGAAACCAGACAUCGAUCAUUACCUUUAUAUAACAGAUUGCAACAGGUCAUACAAGAUGAAGAUAGGUGUAUAUGGGUAUGGUGGAAUGAGGAAAGGCGUGAAACUGCUACGUUACCGAAAGAAGGAGAAGACCAAGAUAAAGAAAGCAUAAACGAUAAAAAUGAUCGAGCUAUUCGACAAACGUUACAUUUCUACCCUUCUCAUCUCUCACAAUCAACUUCGAAAUUCCCAAAACUCAUCUUGCUUACCGAUGAUAGACGGAGUAGAGAGAUUGCGGAUGGAGAGGGAUUACUGGCAAUCUCAGCUAGGGAUUAUGUAGAUGGAAUGCUAGGUGAAGAAAGAGAAAGAUUGGUCGAUCUGGUCGUUGGAGGUGUGGAUGAAGUCUCGGUAGGGGACAAGAAAGGAAAGAGGAUCUAUCAAGAUUAUCUACCUCAAGAUACUUUACUUGCUGGUGUUAAGACUGGAAGAUACCAUCAAGGGCAUUUCAAUGCUAAUCAAUAUAAUUAUUUAGAAGGUACCGUCAACGUUCCUGGUCUCAAUAAGCCUGUAUUGCUCGUUGGACGGGAGGCCAUGAACCGAUCUGUCAAUGGUGAUGUAGUAGUAGUGGAGAUCUUACCUGAAUCAGAAUGGAAGGCGCCUGGAACGGAAGUUGUAGAUCAAGAUUUGGCCCUUCGAGACGAUGAUGCAGAUGAUGACGAAUCACCUGGACUUGCUGAGAAAGAGAUCGAAAAGUCAAAAGCAGAAAAGAUGGAUGUUGAUGAAGAGACCAAGCGGAAACCCAAGGACAUCUUACCGACUGGUAGAGUAGUAGGCGUAGUCAAGAGAAAUUGGCGAGCUUAUGUAUGCCACCUCGAUCGAUCCUCAUUAUCCGAAGCAGCCCUAACAUCUCUUUCUCAACAAACCGUAUUCGCCACACCCUUAUCAACCUCCUUACCUCGUAUCAGAUUACGUACCCGUCAAGCACCAUCUCUCAUCGACCAAAAAAUCCUCGUCACUAUAGACUCAUGGUCUGUCAACUCUAGAUAUCCCGAUGGUCAUUUCGUCAGAUCGUUAGGUAAAGUAGAAUCAAAAGAAGCUGAACAGGAGAGUCUGUUGUUGGAAUACGAAGUUCCGUAUAGACCGUUUGGUAAAGCAAUUCUAAACUGUUUACCUGAAGAAGGAGAUCAGUGGAAGGUACCUCCUAAAGCAGCGGAAAAUCUGGAAUGGAGAGAUAGAGAGGAUUUGAGAGAUUUGAUUGUUUGUAGUAUUGAUCCUCCAGGUUGUCAAGAUAUAGAUGAUGCGUUGCAUGCUAGGAGAUUGCCUAAUGGUAAUAUCGAAGCUGGUGUUCACAUCGCCGAUGUAUCGCACUUUGUACAUCCCGACAACCCAAUGGAUUCCGAAGCUGCUUCUCGAGGAACUACGGUCUAUCUCGUCGACAAGCGUAUCGAUAUGUUACCUUCAUUACUCGGUACCAACCUUUGUUCGCUGAGACCUUUUGUCGAAAGAUUAGCGUUCUCGGUGAUUUGGGAAAUGAACGAAAAUGCCGAGAUAAUUAAAGUACGAUUCGUCAAAUCGGUUAUCGCUUCCAAGGAAGCUUUCACCUAUGAAGCAGCUCAACUUCGAAAAGAUGACAAAUCUCUCAACGAUUCAUUGACCCAAUCAAUCCGUUUACUAAACACGCUCGCCAUCAAAUUGAAAGAAGGUCGUAUGAAAGCUGGUGCUCUGUCAUUAUCAUCACCCGAGCUUAAGAUACACUUGAACUCUUCGGAAAGUACUGAACCAAUCGAUGUCGAACAGAAACAACAGAGGGAAACGAAUAGCUUAGUAGAGGAAUUCAUGUUGUUAGCGAAUAUCAGUGUGGCUGCGAAGAUCCAAGAGACUUUCCCCGCUACGGCUGUUCUAAGACGACAUUGUCCACCACCUAAGACGAAUUUUGAAGCGUUACAAGAUAUCCUACAGAAGCGCAAGAACAUGACGCUGGAUGUGUCCAGUUCGGGCGCUUUGGCUAAAUCAUUAGAUGCUUGUGUUGAUCCCAAAGAACCUGAGUUCAACACCCUCGUCAGAAUCAUGGCUACUAGAUGUAUGUUAUCUGCCGAGUACUUCUGUUCGGGAAGUGUCUCGAAAGAGACGUAUGGCCAUUAUGGUUUGGCUAGUCCGAUAUAUACGCAUUUCACUUCCCCAAUCCGACGAUAUGCGGAUGUAUUAGCCCACCGACAAUUAGCAGCAGCCAUCAAUUACACCCCUCUACACCCAUCUUUACAAUCCAAAUCGCAUGUUGAGAAGACCCUGAAUGUGGUUAACAAGAGACAUAGGUUGGCUCAAAUGGCCGGUAGAGCCAGUGUAGAGUUUUAUGUAGGAUUGGCAUUGAAGGCUAGAGGUGAGAAGACUGGGAAUGCAGAUGCGACUAGCGGAAAGAGUAGUAGGGAAGAGGCUUUUGUCAUUAGGACUUUUAAGAAUGGUUUGGCUGUCUUCGUGUCGAAACUUGGUUUAGAAGGUUUGAUAACUUUCAAAAAGGAUUUACAUACGUUUGAUCCUGAGAACUACACGAUCACGAUCCCAAGCAGUAAAGGUGAGAUCAGUGUAUCGGUAUUUGAUAAGAUCACGGUGGAUAUCAGCAUCGAGAAGGAUCAAAACACCCAGAGAGGUAAAGUCAAGAUGGUCAUGGUUGGACCUGUGUCUUCAGAGGACUUGUAA